UUUUUUGCGGUGCUCCCGGACAUUUAACUGGCGAAUUGGGGAAAGUGAAAAUAGCGUUUCCCGAAUUCAGCUUUUGCAUUACUGGAAAAACAUUUUCCACAUAAUUGGGUGAAUAUAUCGAACAAACUCCUGACUCUGGGUUUUUUAGCGAUUCAACUAAACCUGGAAUAAGCUCGUAUCUUGGAAUAAUCCCAGUGGCAACAAUCAAAUAAUCAUACUCGAUUUUAUCUCCGAGAGCAGUAUUCACGGUAUUCUUUUUCAAAUUAAAAUCUACUGCCUUAUCUUUUAACCAAGUACAAUUUUUAGGCACUAGAUCUUCUUCAUAUUUUCUUGUAUCUUUCAUUUUUUCGAUACCGCCUCCGACAAGGGUAAAAAGGGGCUGGUAGUAGUGGUCAUUGCUGGGUUCCAGUAAAAUCAAAUUUGAUUUGUUUAGGGUCCUUGAAAGUUUUGCUGUUAGAGCUAGGCCCCCAGUGCCACCCCCAACAACUAAGACUUUACAACUAAAAAGUUUAUGUGUACCUAUACGAGUGAAUGAAAAAGGUCUUAUUGAGUUAAGAUGCGAUAUUUUGUUGUAACAUCGAGCAAACAUUUUUGGGAUAGGCGCAAAUUAAAUAAUUAAAGAAUAAUACUUAAGUGAAGAGGUAGAUAAACUUGAAAAGUCACUUGUUGAAGGUUGAAUAGUUUUGCCACGUUUGUUUGUAUAUCUCUAAAAAUAAAAACAGAUAAUAAAAUAAUCAAUAAUGAAAUAAUUGUUACUUUUUGAAUUCUUUUGAUUUUGCCAGGAAUUUCAAAAUAAUUAAUUUUUGAACUAAUAAGGAUUUUAAUUGGUGUUGAGUCACAAUUUUUUUAAUAUAUUUUCGUCUUUUUCUUUUACAUGCUAGCAUUAAAAGACGCAAAUAAACUGAGUAGUAAAGGACUAGCUUAAAAAAAAAAGAAGAAAUUUUUUCCGGUGGUGGGUGAUAUUUAUUAUUACUCAUCUCUGUCACACACAGGGUCAAGUUGUUACUGCCGAAAAAUGUAAAAAAGAAGAAAAUGAAAUGUCAUAAUUGUCAAAGUCAGGGUUUACUGAUUUUUGGCGCCAAAACUGUUGAGUUUUGUGUUUUUCUGUUGUUGAAUGUUGAUGCUGUUAUUUUGUAUUUUUAUCCUCAUUUGUAAUAAUAUUCCUAAUAAAUAAUUCUCCAAUUUAAAAAAAUGGCAACGACUAACGAGCAAGAAAUUCGUAAAGCCCAGGCCCAUUAUCAGGACUUUUUAGAUGAUGGUGAAGACCAAGGCAAAUACUCUCAAAUCAUCAGAGAUAUGAUAUCGGACAAGAGCAGACGACUAGUAGUCAACAUAAACGAUUUGCGAAAGAAAAAUCCGCAGAGGGCUUUGGCCCUUUUGAAUAAUGGCUUCGAGGAGCAACUGGCCUUUCAAAGGGCUUUGAAAGAAAUGGUCAGUCUGAUAGACAUCACGUACAGCAAGGAACAUGAAGAGUUUUUUAUUGCUUUCGAAGGAAGCUUUGGUAACAAACAUGUUACACCUAGAACCUUAACUUCUAGGUUUCUCGGUAACCUUAUUUGUGUAGAAGGAAUUGUUAGCAAAUGUUCUCUGGUUUAUCCGAAACUCGUCAAAAGUGUUCACUAUUGUCCCAUGACUAAAAAAUUUAUGGACAGAAAAUAUACAGAUUUAACAUCCCUUGAAGCUGUUCCUACAUCCGCUGCCUACCCAACAAAGGAUGACGACGGUAACGCUCUAGAAACAGAAUUCGGCUUGUGCAGAUACAAAGACCACCAAACAAUAUCAAUCCAAGAAAUGCCAGAAAAAGCACCCGCCGGUCAAUUGCCCAGAGUUGUGGACAUCAUUUGCGAUAACGACCUGGUCGAUGCCUGUAAGCCUGGAGACAGAGUCCAAAUUGUAGGAAAUUUCCGAUGCCUGCCCAACCAUCAGGGAGCAUUCACAAGCGGGGUAUUCAGAACUAUCGUCAUUGCAAACAAUAUAAAACAAUUAAGUAAGGAAACUAGUCCGUCGAUUUCAAGAGAAGAUGUGCAUCGUUGCAAGCGUUUAGCUAAAUCUCACAAGAAUGUUUUCAAUUUGUUGGCUAAGUCUUUGGCGCCUUCUAUUCAUGGACAUGAAUAUGUCAAAAGGGCUAUACUUUGUCUUUUAUUAGGUGGAGUAGAAAAAGUUUUACCAAACGGAACUCGUCUAAGAGGAGACAUAAACGUACUCCUAAUCGGUGACCCCAGUGUCGCGAAAUCCCAACUUUUAAGAUACGUAUUGUACACGGCACCUAGAGCUAUCCCCACCACUGGUAGAGGCUCCUCCGGUGUCGGUCUGACAGCAGCCGUAACCACCGACCAAGAAACCGGAGAAAGACGCUUGGAAGCUGGCGCUAUGGUUUUGGCCGAUAGAGGAGUCGUGUGUAUCGAUGAAUUCGAUAAAAUGAGCGAUAUCGACAGGACGGCCAUUCACGAAGUUAUGGAACAGGGAAGGGUUACUAUUGCCAAAGCUGGUAUUCAUGCCAGUUUGAAUGCUCGGUGUUCGGUAUUGGCUGCUGCUAAUCCUGUUUAUGGAAAGUACGACCAAUAUAAAACCCCAAUGGAAAAUAUCGGCCUUCAAGAUUCCCUUCUGUCUCGUUUCGAUUUGCUUUUCGUCAUGCUGGACACCAUAGACGAAAGGACCGAUUUCGACAUAUCGGAUCAUGUGGUCAGAAUGCACAUGUACAGAAACCCGUUGGAACAAGACGGCGAAAUUUUGCCCAUGGGAUCCACAGUGGACAUUUUCAGUACGAAUAAUCCGGACGAAGACGAAUUGAAAGAAGUGCCGAUGUUUGAAAAAUACGAUGCCUUGUUGCACGGUAAUAGCCGUAAAAAGUCUGAUAAAAUUCUCAGUGUGAAUUUUAUGAGGAAAUAUAUACAUUUGGUUAAAAUUUUAAAGCCUCAGUUGACAGACAAGGCUUCAGCAAUUAUUGCUCAGGAGUAUUCUAGACUUAGGUCAGAGGAAAUGUUGGAAAAUGAUGUUGCAAGGACUCAACCGGUUACUGCACGUUCACUGGAAACAAUGAUUCGUCUAUCAACCGCUCACGCCAAAGCAAGAAUGUCCCGUUUGGUAGAGGAAAUAGAUGCGAAUGCGGCAAUUGAACUUAUACAAUAUGCCUACUUCAAAAAAGUGUUGGAAAAAGAGAAAAAAAGACGUAGAAAAGAGGACGCGUCUUCUGAAAGCGAAGACGAUGAUGAUGAUGAUAAUAAACAGAAACCAAAGAGAACCAGAAGAGCUAGAUCUGAAGCUGGCGAAGAUUCGGCCGAUGAACUAGCAUCAACGCAAAGUUCCAAUAAAACAAGCCAAAACGGCACAGCGAUGGAAGAAACCGAACUGGCUACGGAGCUACCAGCUUCUUCACAAGAAUCUGUAGAAGUCGACGAAUCUCCGAAAGAAAUUUCAGCUGAUCGGUUGAAAUCGUUCAAAACCGCUUUGUGCAAAGCGUUCCAAGAGAACCGAACUCAAGCUUUGGCUUUGGUCAAAGUAAAAGAAUUCGUUAAUAAGAAUAACGCCAGUCCGUAUUCGCAGGGCGAAAUUGCCGCCGCUAUCGAAAAGAUGGGCGACGAGAAUCAAGUUAUGAUGGCGGACGGAAUUAUAUUUUUAAUUUAAGUUUAUGAUAAUUUUUGUAAGUAGAUUUAAGACGUAAAAAUAAUUUUUUAGUUUUGUAUAAAUGAUUAGUUGCUUUGUUCGUAAACUUUUUGAAUAUAUUUUUUCAUGCAAACAUUUUAUUCUUGAGUCAAAGAACUUCUUCAAAUAAAUAAGUUUAUGGGAGUAACUCGGGAGUUAAUUAUUUGUUUUAUUUAUUUAUUGACAGACAACUAUUAGAGAUAGCACAAUAUUCGAUAAAAAUUAUAAUCGGAUAGGGAUGGCCACCAAACCUUCCUUCAAAUCACAAAACUAUAAUGUGGUAGAGUAUUCUCUUAAAAAAGUAUACUGUGAUUGAAUAAUUUUUUUGAAAUAAAACUACAAAAUUCACUUAAACAUUUAUUAUGCAUAUUAAUAGAGCUCACAGGGUCCAGCUAGAACAGUUUUUGCAUGAUAACACAGCUACUUGAAUUCAGAUAUAAGAUUUUAAUGUAAGAAUUUGUCGGUUUGAGAACAGGGCGUGGAAUCAAAGAACCUACUCAGUUUGACGCCAUGUUUUAAAAAUUUAUUUUCUCCCUUUUCAACCUCCAGAACACUUCUAAAAAAGUUAUUUUGUCUGAAUCUGUAUGAUGCAUCUCAUUCGAAUAUUCUACACAAUUUAAAUAAAACCCCAUUAAAUUAAUCACGCAAAUGCUCCUUCACAUGUUUCAGAAUCGCUCGAAUAAUUCAGUCGUCAACUGAAGGUAGAAAAUCAUUUAAAAACGGUUCUAGCUAAUAAGACAUUUCUCUAGGUUUACACCUGAUAAGCCAAACAAAAGGAGGCUUAUUGGGUCAGUUUUGGACACUUUUACAUGGAAAUAGAUAGGAAAUUAAUAAACCAAACAAAAUAUGUAUUAUGCCUAAAUAAAUGUAUAACAUCCUGUAAAAUGCAAUAAUUCAUAAACUUAAAAGUACCUUACUAACUCAACAAAUCCAAACAUGUUUGUUCUUAUAAAAUUGCCAGGAUCUGUAUAAACACAUUGGACAAAAAUCCACAAUCUAGAAUAUGCAUUACACCGACUUUAUAUAAUAACAGUUCUUACUAUAAAUUCAGAAAAAACGGAACCUCUAAGAGUAGUUGUUGUUUAAGUACGUCACAAAGUCAUGAAAUGCCUUUGCUACAAAAUACUUCUUCAUCAUCCAAGUGAAGUUGGCUUGGCUCCAUCCAUGGUGAAAUUGUAUGGCAGAAUUUAUUGGUUUUCAUCUUUCUAUACAAGCUAACUUUCGAGCUUCAAAUGAAUUAACAACAAAAAAGUACAUCAAUUUAAAUUAUUAAUUUAAUAUUAAAAUUAUAUAUAAACUAUUCCACAAUGGUGGCAUAAUAACUUGACUACUAUCAAAUAAUCCUUAACUUUCAAUACAAUAAGUAGAAUAACAAAAGCUGUAGUUAAUUUAUAUUGUCCGUCAUCAGGAUAGAGAUUUGUAGUUUUAUUAAUUGAGUUCUUUAUUCCAAGAUUUUGUUAAUUGCUAGCCUUAGAGAUAGCAAACAACAAUUAAAUCAAAGCAAAAAAUACAUAGAAAAUUAAUUAAAAAUAACUAGUAACUAUUACAGUAAAAUAUACUCGUCUAUGUUUGAUAUAGUAAGUAAUCCUUCAACAAUUUUGGCAGAGGCAAUAAAGAAACUGCAUUUUUCUUGAUGUGAAACAGAAUGGCGUCCCUGCAUGCUGCUUGUAAUGUUGGUACUAAAGAGAAAUUAAAAAUAAUGUGUUGGGGAAAUCUGGGAAAUUACAAAUAACAUAAUUCUGUUGUUUGAUUGCAGUCCCAAAUAAACUAGCUAAAUCAAUAAAAAAUUAAUACAUACCAGCAUAUAACUGUAUAAUCCUCACUUUCUUUGUAGUCCCAUACACAUCAACAACCACAUGCAACGGUGCAUUAUUGUAAGGUAUCCUCUUAACGCAAGCCCCCAUAUCUUCACCGUUAAUAAUAUAAUGCAUUUCCGCUUCUUUUGCAUCGGUCGGAACAUACAUCACACCUAUCCUAGAUCCCAUAUCUGUGGGCAAAAUGUCUUCGAAAGCUCUUGAAGGUUUCAGCAGACUCACCGGCACGGCGCCUCUGCACGUUUUGAGAGAAUUAGAGUUAGUUUCUUUGUUGACUUUAUCAGCGCCGCAUCUAAUACGCGAUUUACCAUUGUCGCUGUAAUACUCAAAGACAUUGUUAUGUGCUUUACUGAUGCCGUAUAUCCAUGAGGUACCAAUGUCUGCUAA